AUGAUCGGAGGAAAACCAUUCGAUGUUGAAUCACUUUUACGAGAAUGUUCUGUUAAGAAAAAAAGACCAAUACAUGAUGCUAUUCAUAUUUAUGAUCAUCAUCAACAACAGCAACAACAAUUGCAACAACAAGCAACGGAUUUAUCAAUUGAUAAAGAAAAAAAUCAAUCUGAUGAAAAUGGAGAUUGUUCAAAUAGUUCAACAAGUAGUGGUAGUAUUAGUGCAAUGAGAAAUAGUAUUGAUGCUUAUCGUCAACAUCUAUUCAAUAGUGCAAGUAGUGAAGCAGCGAAAUCAUUUUUAUUAAGUCUACGAAAUUUUACUUCAUCAUCAUCAUCAACUCUAGGAACAGGAAAUAAUAGUAAUGUUCAAAUAAAAAAAACAAAACGACGUUCACGAGCUGCUUUUUCUCAUGCACAAGUUAUUGAACUCGAACGACGAUUUGCACAACAAAAAUAUUUAUCAAGUACAGAAAGAGCAGAAUUAGCAAGUCUAUUGAGUCUUCAAGAACAACAAGUCAAAAUAUGGUUUCAAAAUCGACGAUAUAAAGCAAAACGAAAACAACUUCUUAAUCAAGUAAAUGGAACACCAAACACGCGUCAUGUACCUGUUACUGUUCUUGUCUAUGAAAAUCAUGCAUUUUCGGGUAAUUCAUCAUCUUCUUCAUCAUCACGUUUAACUCAUCAUAAACCACCAUUGAUGAUUCCAUCAAUUAAUCUUUAA